AGCGUUUUUAUUAUUCUCAAAAAGCUGAGAUGACCGCUCUCAGGUUUCUCUUUAAUGAAAGGCUGUGGUUUCUCUCUUUCUUUUUUUGAUAUCGCUGUCAGAUCACCAUUGCGCUAAUUGGUGAUUGUGCGUUGUCUGUGCGUGAUUAUGGCUUCCGCGGUGUUUAAUGCGUCCGGCACCAGUAAGUGCGUCAACAGGCUGCAAAGGAUAUGUCAAAGGGCUUACUCAGAUGCCAAAUUUCCUCAAAUCACCACUCAUUAUACAGUGAAACCCAGGGAGACAGACUCAAGAUGGAAAGAAGUGAACAUGGAGAGAUACGUGGACGAAACCGACAUUCUAAUUGUCGGUGGCGGUCCAGCAGGACUAUCGGCAGCUAUACAGGCUCGUAGACUGGCUGAGAAACAUGGCAAGGAACUCAGAGUUACCCUUGUUGAAAAGGCGUCUGCAAUUGGUGGACAUAUCCUCAGCGGCGCUUGUUUAGAUCCAAUUGCUUUGAAUGAACUUUUUCCAAAUUGGAAAGAAUUAGGUGCACCAUUGAAUACUCCUGUUACUGAGGAUAAAUUUGCAUUUCUCACGGAAAAGAAGAGGAUAUCUAUACCUAUUUUCAAGGGAAUGCCAAUGUACAAUCAUGGGAAUUAUAUAGUAAGAUUAGGCCAUGUAGUAACAUGGCUUGGCGAACAAGCAGAAGCUGCCGGUGUCGAGAUAUAUCCUGGUUAUGCAGCGGCAGAAGUUUUAUAUCAUGAAGAUGGAUCUAUUAAAGGAGUAGCUACAAAUGAUGUUGGUAUUGCUAAAGACGGCUCACCUAAAGAUACAUUCGAACGGGGUAUGGAGCUUCAUGCAAAAUGUACCAUAUUUGCAGAAGGCUGUCACGGCCAUUUGACGAAACAGUUGUCGAUGAAAUUAAAUCUCAGAAAAGAUUGUGAACCGCAGACAUAUGGUCUUGGAUUGAAAGAAAUUUGGGAGAUAGAGCCAAGUAAGCAUCGACCUGGAGCGGUAGAGCAUACGGUUGGCUGGCCACUUAAUAGAAAUACAUACGGUGGAUCGUUUCUAUAUCAUUUGAAUGAAGAAACACCUUUGGUUGCAGUAGGCUUUGUUGUAGGAUUGGAUUAUACUAAUCCCUAUCUAUCUCCAUUCAAAGAGUUUCAGAAAUUUAAACAACAUCCUGGUAUUAGACCAACAUUUGAAGGAGGAAAAAGAAUAGCUUAUGGCGCUAGAGCAUUGGUGGAAGGUGGAUUCCAAUCUAUUCCCAAACUUCAAUUCCCUGGGGGGUGUCUCAUUGGAUGUACGGCAGGUUUCCUAAAUGUGCCCAAAAUUAAAGGAACUCAUAAUGCUAUGAAAAGUGGUAUGUUGGCUGCAGAAAGCGUUAUUGAAGCAAUCAUAGACGCAGAAAGUAAUACCUCACUGACAAAAGGCAUAGAGCCGAAAACGUAUACAGAUAAAAUAAAAAAUAGUUGGAUCUAUAAGGAAUUGAAAGCCGUAAGAAAUAUGAGGCCUAGUUUCCAUUCUUCUCUUGGGCUUUACGGUGGUUUAAUGUACGCUGGUUUCUCUACGCUAUUAGGCGGAAGAGAACCGUGGACUUUAUCUCAUGGAGGUCCUGAUCAUAAGAAAUUGAAAUCGGCUGCCAAGUCGACGCCAAUAGAAUAUCCCAAACCAGAUAACGAGGUAUCUUUCGAUCUUCUGUCGUCAGUAGCUUUGACUGGUACCAAUCACGAAGCUGAUCAACCAGCUCAUUUAACUUUGAUGGACGAUACCGUUCCAGUAAAGAGAAACUUAACUGAAUUUGCUGGUCCAGAAGGUCGAUUUUGCCCUGCUGGUGUCUACGAGUUUGUGCCGCUGGAAAGCGGAGAUGGCGAAAGAUUGCAGAUCAACGCGCAGAAUUGCAUUCACUGUAAGACCUGUGACAUCAAGGACCCGAGUCAGAACAUCAAUUGGGUUGUGCCGGAGGGUGGCGGCGGGCCAGCUUACAACGGCAUGUAAAUAUAUAAUGUUAAUCGAUCAACUCAUUGAUAGAUUGCGUAAAUAUUCGAUGGUUUACAUUGUUUUAUCGUUCAAUAUUGAACGCUUUUCGAUGAAAUGUAUGAACGUAUUGCAGUAUCGCAAUUAUGUUUUUGAUUGCGUGUUGUUUUAACAGUAUAAUUGUAGACAUUGAAGUACAGUACACGAAUGGUGGUUAUUUCUCAUUCGAAUGAAUCAAUACAAUAAUUAUGGAUUAAUUUCCUGAUAGAAAAAAAAACGAUCUAUCUUUUCGUCUAUGCUCGCACAUACAUACCGAUUUGUGACAUUAUACAUAUCAAUUAUACAUAUACAGCAUGUUAAAAAAUAA